AUGGCGCUCUCAUUUACCGAAGUGGGAGGCUAUGAAAGUUUUACAGAAAAGUACAUGAAUGCCAACCCGACCAUAGUUGAGGGGGACAACCUGACAAUCAACCCCAAGUGCUACACUCCUCAGGCUGAUUCCUUCCACAUUUUCCGAGAUGCUGUUACCGGGGAUCUUCCAUGGCCAGGAACAAUAUUCGGAAUGACCACUGUAGCUCUGUGGUACUGGUGCACAGAUCAGGUAACUGUGCAGCACUGCCUAUCAGGUAAGAACAUGUCUCAUGUGAAGACUGCCUGCAUCAUGUGUGGGUAUCUGAAACUGCUGCCCAUGUUUCUCAUGGUGAUGCCAGGAAUGAUCAGCCACAUUCUAUACACAGCAGAGAAGGUGGCUUGUGUUGUACCUUCUGAAUGUGUGAAACACUGUGGCAUUGAAGUCGGCUGCGCUAACUAUGCCUACCCAAUGAUGGUGCUGGAACUGAUGCCUGAUGGACUGAGAGGUCUGAUGCUGUCAGUCAUGUUGGUCUCUCUCAGGAGCUCCCUGACCUCCAUUUUCAACAGUGCCAGCACCCUCUUUACCAUCGACCUCUACACCAAGUUUAGGAAACAGGCAUCAGAGAAAGAGACGGUGAGAGCAUCCUGAUUUCUAUUAUUUAUCAUUCUAUUAGUUGUCAUCAGCAUUUUGUGGGUCCCAUUAGUGCAGGUAUCUCAAAAUGGACAACUGUUCCAUUAUAUCGAAGCAAUUUCUAGCUACCUUGGACCUCCUAUUGCAGCUGUCUUCCUGCUUGCCAUCUUCUGUAAAAGGGUUAAUGAACAGGGAGCCUUCUGGGGUCUAGUCCCUGGACUUGUGAUUGGCCUCAUUCACAUGAUUGCAGAGUUUGUCUAUCGAAAAAGUAGUUGUUUGGCUACCAGUGACUGUCCCAAGGUCAUCUGUGAAGUGCACUAUCUAUACUUUGCCAUCAUUCUCUUUUUUGUUUCCAUACUCGUCAUCCUGGGAAUUUCCCUGCUAACAAAACCCAUUCCUGAUAUACAUCUGUAUCUCCUGUCUUGUCUUCGGAACAGUACAGAGGAACGAACUGAUUUAGAUGCAGAAGAGAAAAGACAAGAAGAAGUUGAUCAUGAUGUUGAUGAAGAUAAUCCUGAGGAACCCCGUGGAUGCCUCAGGAAGGCUUAUGGCUUAUUCUGUGGUUUGCAGAAGACAGGCCCCAAACUGAGCAAAGAGGAGGAAGAAGCCAAAAACAAGAAGCUGAGAGACACAUCUAAGAAGCCUUUAUGGAGGACUAUAGUGAAUGUCAAAGCCAUUCUCCUGGCAGUGGCCGUCUUCGUCCAUGGCUAUUUUGCCUGA